CAGUUAGUAACGACCUCCAAGCACCACUCUGUACGGGAUGUAUGACUGCAUCACUUUUGGAAUUAGGUGUUGUACUGACACUUCUCACUCUCUGGUAGAUUUUUUUUAGUGUAACAGUGAAGCCUACUUUCAAUAUUUUUUCAGUAAUUUGGCUACGGAUUUUUUCUGGAUUCUGUCUUUUUUCACUAAAACGUGUCAAUACCACUACAUUUCUGCGCUUUAAUGCAUAUAUAUUGAUACAUUCAACACAACUUGAAAAUGGAUUGUAUCUUCGUUUUAAUAGUUUUUCAAUACUUACUUAUCGAUGGGAUCUACGAAGUGUCCAGCUAUGGAAAUCUCCAACCAUACAUGCCCAACGUGUGUGUGGAGCGGGAUGUGACGCUGGUUGCCCAAAGGCAGCUGUGUGUGCAGGCCUUCACACGCAUGGUCAAGGUCUGGAAGCAAGGCUGCCUAGGACAGAACUGGUGCAUGGGAUACGAGAGAAGGACGGCAUACUACACAGCAUAUAAACAAAUCUACAGACAAGACUUCCAGACCGUGUAUAAGUGCUGUCCUGGAUGGUCUCAACUCAACGGAGAGGCUGGCUGCUUGUAUCCUGUGUGUAGCUACGGCGUGUGCUUCAACGGGGGCCAGUGUCGGGAGGGCUCCCGCUCCAGRUCCCAGCUUUGUGACUGUCCUGCUGGCUUCAAUGGGCCCAGUUGCCAGUAUGAUGUUAAUGAGUGUGAGGAGACUAACGGAGGCUGUGAGGCUCUGUGCUGCAACACCAUCGGCAGCUUCUACUGCAGUUGUCCCUCUGGUCAGCAGCUGAAGGACGACGGCAAGACCUGCCAAGAUAUUGAUGAGUGCCAGGUCUAUAACGGGGGCUGCCAGCACAGAUGCGUGAACACCAGGGGCUCCUAUCACUGUGAAUGUAACCCAGGCUCUCGACUCCAUGUUGAUGCACGCACCUGCAUCGCUGUCCAAUCAUGUGGCAUCAGUAAUGGAGGAUGUGAGCAUUUCUGUGUACAGCAGUCCCCUACUGCCUUCCGCUGCCGCUGUAGAGCCAACUACGUGCUUGCUGACAAUGGAAAGCACUGCAAAUUGGAGAAUCCAUGUCAUGAUAAGAAUGGCGGCUGCCAGCAAAACUGUCUUGUUGAUGGUGGCAAGACCCACUGUGACUGUAGAAAUGGGUACAAGCUGGCAGAGGACAGGAAGACCUGUGAGGAUAUUGAUGAGUGUGAGUCUGAACAGACGGGAUGUGCUCAUGGCUGCCACAACAUCCCGGGCUCCUUCACCUGUGUGUGUGACACUGCCUACGAGCUGGGAGCAGACGGACGCCAGUGCUACCGGAUUGAGAUGGAGAUUGUCAACAGCUGUGAGAGCAACAAUGGAGGCUGCUCCCAUCACUGCCAGCACUCCACUGGCGGCCCUGUCUGCAGCUGUAACCAGGGUUACCGACUGGAGGAUGACCUCAAGACCUGUGUCGACCUGGACGAGUGUGGAGAGGGAAGUUCAUGCUGCGAGCAGGACUGUACCAACUACCCUGGGGGCUAUGAGUGUUACUGCACAGCGGGGUACCGCCUCAACUCAGAUGGAUGUAGCUGUGAUGAUGUGGAUGAGUGUCUGGCGGCCAACGGUGGCUGUGAUCACACAUGCCAGAACACCGCCGGCUCCUUCCAGUGUUUCUGCCGCCAGGGCUUCCGUCUGGACGAGGACCGACGCUCCUGUCAACCGCUGGGGAAUACAGUUGAGGCCCUGUCUAGUGGGGGCCAGGAUAUUGUGGGGACCCUGGCUCAGCCCCAGCUCGCCCUGCUGCAGGACUACAACCAGCCCCUGGAGCGCUAUGAUGACUAUGAGGAUGAUGAUGCUAGAGAGCUGCUGGCUGAGAGCACGCUAGCAGAGAAAUUUGUGUGUCUGAACAACACGUUUGGCCAUGACUGCAGCCUGACCUGUGAGGACUGCUCUAACGGAGGGCUGUGUGGCCCAGGGAGAGAUGGAUGUCACUGUCCCGAUGGAUGGACAGGCCUCAUCUGCAACCAGACUUGUUCCGAGGGAUCCUUCGGCAGGAACUGCUCAUUCCCCUGUAAGUGUAAGAACGGAGCCACCUGUGACCCUGUCAAUGGGAACUGUCGCUGCCCACCUGGGGUCAGUGGAGACAUGUGCCAGGAUGGCUGUCCUAAGGGCUUCUAUGGGAAACAGUGCAAUAAGAAGUGUAACUGUGCCAAUAACGGGUGCUGCCACCGCACCUACGGAGCCUGUCUGUGUGACCCUGGACUCUACGGGAGGUUCUGCCAUCUACUGUGUCCCAAGUGGGCCUUUGGACCGGGCUGUUCAGAGGAGUGUGAGUGUGUCCAACAGAACACUCUGGAGUGUCACCGUCACCACGGCACCUGCGUCUGCAAGCCCGGUUGGCAAGGCAAUGCGUGCAGGGAAGAGUGUGACCCAGGCACGUUUGGCCCAGGCUGUGAGAACAAAUGUGAGUGCCCGCUCAGAGUGUCUUGUGAUCAUGUGACCGGCAGUGCCAACGCUUGUGCCCGGCUGGUCGCCUGGAGACAACUACUGUCCAGAGGGGAGGUUUGGGCCAAGUUGCAUCAGGCCUGUGACUGCUCAGGGGCUCCAUGUGACAGAGUGAGUGGCCAGUGCCAGUGUCCUGCAGGAACAUCAGGAAAACGCUGUGAGAAUGUGUGUGUGAAGGGCUUCUGGGGUGCGGGAUGCCGUGAGGCCUGUCCAGCCUGUGAGAAUGGAGGAGUGUGUGACAAACACAACGGGACGUGUUCCUGCCCUCCUGGGUACAUGGGCAGGCUCUGUCAGAACUCAUGUCCGACAGGACGGUUUGGUGUUGGAUGCCAGCUGCGCUGCCUGUGUGAAAACAGCGGGCGCUGCCACCCUGUCACGGGCCGUUGCACAUGUGCCCCUGGCUGGGCCGGACACAACUGCAGGAAAGCCUGUGACGCCAGGCACUGGGGGGUGGACUGUGCUGAGAAAUGUGACUGUAAGGAUGGUGAUGGGAGCUGUGAUGCGGUGACGGCCAGUGUAACUAGUGUCCAGUGGGCUAUUUUGGGCUAG